GUAUUGUUCGAAUAGCAGAAAAAUGGGACACACCAUCUCCGCAAUUCCCUUCUUUCUAAUCAAUCAUUCACCCGCGCCAUGACUUGUCAUUAUUUUCUUUCCUUAUUAUAUACUAUAUAUGUAUAAUACAUAUACACCAGGAAAAAAAGCUUCUCGUGUUAUGGAGGCGACUCACAGGCCAUCUUCCUUAUUCCAACAGGUCAUCAUUGUCGUCCUGGUGAGCUUGCAGUUGUGCGCAGUCAAGCUUGUUUGGAGUCAAUCCAUAGUCAAUGGUGCCACCACUUCUUCACAACUCGAUAAUCCAGCAGUGCUUGAUUUAGUUACUCGAACUGUAUAUAGCCGUAUAUACAAUCUCACGCAAAACCUUUUCGACAACGAAUUUGCGGAUGAAUUCAAAUUUUGCAUCCUAAAUCGAGAUGAAGAAUGGAACCAUGCCUUCAAUUACUCAUCGAAUCUUGCUUUUCUCAGUGCUUGUGUUACCAGAACAAAAGGGGAUAUUCAGAGAAGGUUGUGUACUGCUGCAGAAAUUAGUUUCUACUUCAGUAACACCAUAACAUCAGGGUCCAAUUAUUUAACGCCCAACAGAAACUGUAAUUUGACAUCUUGGGUUUCAGGCUGUGAACCAGGAUGGGGCUGUAGCACUGACUCAGAUCAGAAUCCCGACUUAAGAAAUUCUAGAGAAAUACCUGCGAGAACUGUUGCUUGUCAGCCCUGUUGUGAGGGUUUCUUCUGUCCUCAUGGUCUUACUUGUAUGAUACCCUGUCCUUUAGGUUCCUACUGCCCACUUGCCACACUCAAUAUGAAUACUGGAAUAUGUGAACCAUAUAGUUAUCAAUUACCUCCUGGGCAGCCAAGUCAUACUUGUGGUGGGGCAAACAUUUGGUCUGAUGUUCGCAGAAGCUCAGAGGUAUUCUGUUCUGCAGGAUCCUAUUGUCCAACAAAUACAGAGAAGAAUCCUUGCAGUAGUGGGAAUUACUGCCCAACAGGUUCUACGGCUGAGAAACGAUGCUUCAAGUUAACUUCAUGUAAUCCAAAUACUGCAAGUCAGAAUAUUCAUGCAUAUGGGGCGAUGCUCAUAGCAGCUAUAGCCACACUUCUACUUAUAAUUUACAACUGUUCGGACCAAAUCAUCACCAUACGAGAAAGGAGACUUGCUGGAUCACGGGAAGCAGCUGCAAAAGUUGUUAAAGAAAAGAUACAGGCACGUGCAAGGUGGAAAGCCGCAAAAGAGGCUGCUAAAAAGCAUGCCAUUGAAUUGCAAGGCCAAUUUUCACGCAAAUUUUCUCGCAAACAAAAUGUCACGAUCAGUGACAAGGUCACAGUACUGAAUGAGGAAUACACUGAUACCGAAGGUGUUUCAUAUCCAUCAAAGGAGCACAGUGCUUCUUCAGUGUCCAAGAAAUCGCAAAGCAUAUCUGAAGUCGAGGAAACAGGAUCCAGUCCGUUGAUGACGAUGAUUAAUGAAAUUGAAGAACAAAGUUUUGAUAGUUCAGAAUCUUUCAGUUUGGAGAUCAAAGAAAGAAAUUUGAAAACCAAAAAGCCCAAAGGGAAAGAUAUUCAUACUCAUAGUCAAAUUUUUAAGUAUGCAUAUGCGCAACUUGAGAUAGAAAAAGCUCAGCAACAGCAGAAUAAAAACCUUACUUUUUCUGGUGUAAUUUCAAUGGCCACAAAUACCGAUUACAGGAAAAGACCUGUAAUUGAGAUAGGUUUUACAGAUUUAACUGUUACUUUGAAGGGAAAAAAGAAGCAUCUGUUACGAUCUGUUAAUGGAAAAAUCAUGCCUGGUCAUAUUACUGCUGUCAUGGGUCCAUCAGGAGCUGGGAAAACUACUCUCCUUUCAGCUCUGGCAGGAAAAAAUGUUGGAUGUACAACUUCUGGUUCCAUCCUUAUAAAUGGAAAAUCAGAACCACUCCGUUCGUACAGAAAAAUUGUUGGUUUUGUGCCACAGGAUGAUAUUGUGCAUGGCAACUUGACUGUUGAGGAAAAUCUAUGGUUCAAUGCAAGGUGCAGGUUGUCAGCAGAUUUGCAAAAGCAAGACAAAGUUCUUAUUGUUGAGAGAGUCAUUGAUUUCUUGGGCUUACAAAGUGUGCGCAGUUCCUUGGUUGGAACAGUAGAAAAACGAGGUAUCUCUGGAGGCCAACGGAAACGAGUGAAUGUGGGGCUAGAGUUGGUAAUGGAACCAUCACUUCUGUUUCUGGAUGAACCUACUUCUGGACUGGACAGUGCAUCUUCUCAAUUACUUCUUAGAGCACUUCGACGUGAAGCCCUUGAAGGAGUCAAUAUAUGCAUGGUUGUCCACCAGCCAAGCUACACCUUAUUCAAGAUGUUUGAUGAUUUGAUACUCUUAGCAAAAGGUGGUCUUGUAGUAUACCUUGGUCCUGUAAAGAAAGUUGAAGACUACUUUGCAGGCCUUGGUGUCGAUGUCCCAGAACGUGUUAAUCCUCCGGACUACUACAUAGAUAUUUUGGAAGGGCUGGUGAAACCAAGCACCAGUUCAAAUGUGAACUACAAGGAGCUUCCUGUGUUGUGGAUGCUUCACAAUGGUUAUUCUGUGCCCCUGGAAAUGCAACAGAGUGCCGCUGUGCUUGCAUCCUCACCAGUGGAAUUAAACAUUGGCAAUCAAGCAACUUUUGAUCAUGUAACAGAGGAAAAUUCCUUUGCUGGCGAAAUGUGGCAAGACAUGAAGACUAAAGUGGAGCGCCAGCGUGAUAUUAUACUGCACAACUUUAUGAGGUCAAAGGACCUCUCCAACCGGAGAACUCCAAAUGUUCUUCUGCAAUAUAAGUACUUCAUCGGAAGGGUAAGUAAGCAAAGAUUACGAGAAGCAAAAAUGCAAGCAAUAGAUUAUCUCAUUCUCUUAGUAGCUGGAGCUUGCCUAGGAUCACUAACCAAAGUGAGGGAUGAAAGCUUUGGUGCACCUGGUUAUACACACACAAUAAUUGCUGUCUCUUUGUUAUGCAAAAUUGCGGCUUUGAGGACAUUUGCAUUGGACAAGUUACAGUAUUGGAGAGAAAGUGCUUCUGGCAUUAGUAGCAUUGCUCAUUUUGCUGCCAAAGAUACAAUAGAUCAUUUCAACACUGUGAUAAAGCCUGCUGUAUAUCUGUCAAUGUUCUACUUUUUCUGCAACCCGAGAUCUUCUUUCGCAGAUAAUUACAUUGUGUUACUGUGCCUUGUGUAUUGUGUGACUGGAAUGGGUUAUGCUUUCACCAUCUUCCUAGCACCAGGUCCCUCCCAGCUGUGCUCGGUACUUGUUCCUGUGGUUUUGACACUCAUUGCGUCUCGCACCGAUGGUAAUAAAUUCCUCAAAAUCUUGGCAGAUUUAUGCUAUCCAAAGUGGGCGCUGGAGGCAUUCGUCAUUGCAAAUGCCGAAAGGUACCACUAAUGGAGGAAUCAAUAACAAUAGGAGUGGAUUGUUAUGGCCAAUGGAUCGAGAAGAUCAAUUGAUAUGCAUGGCAUUGAAAGGAGUGUGAAGUGCUAGAGACGAUAGCUAUGACAGUCUAAAGUGAUGUUUCGUAUGGUGAUUUUGUGAACUUAAUCAUCAGCUAUUGUGGACUGAGUUGUCAAUCGGAAGAACUCAUCAUCAGCUACAUGCAUAGCUCAUUCGAAAAUCAGAGGGUACUAUCUUUCAAGAUAAGCGAUCAGGUUCGGUUGCGUGGUUAUCUUAGCGAUUCAUCUAGUCGGUAUUAAGGGUGUACGUGGUUGAAAAGACGAGAGAGAAUGAGAACCAAAAUUGAUACAAACCAACUAUGGAAACAUAAAAACAAGAUACUAAGGCAACAAGCACAAGCGGAGAAGGAGAAGACGAAGACAAGAUUCAAACACAAUAAAUACAAUAAGAUAAAGAUAGAUAGUGAGACAUAGAUUAUUAUAAGAAAUAGGAACUAAAGUGUGUAUCAAACACCAAAACCCCUGAAUACUCAUAAUAACAACACCACACUCUUACGAAGACCUCAAGGGAACCGGAAUCCCCAAGCAACCCUCGUUUCUAAAUGGGUAACCAACACCAAACGAAUCCACACUCGGCCACAAGUGAAUCCACACUUGCCAUAAGUGAAUCCACACUUGUAUAAAUAUUCUCUAACAGAUGCCUCUCAAAAUAUAAUCCAAGUUGUUGAAAAUUGAACUAAUAGAAGCUAUUUAAAGUCCUGACUGAACUUAUUACAUAGUAAAAAGACCAAAAGGCCCUUAAUGAGGCUUUACACUCCAUGGGCAUUUCUUUGCUCCAAGGAAAUGGUAAAAAUGCUCUUAUGGUGGGGCGACCUUAGAGUGUAAUUGGCUUUUGUCCAUUCUUCUCACUUGUUCUCUCGGUUUAGGCAUCAAAGGUAAGUCCCAAGCUUGAGUCGUCUUUAUGUGUUGGCCUUCAAUGAUGUCGUUAAAAGCUUUGAUGCCCCAUAGACUCGUAUUAUCCUCUCUUUCUUGAAAAAGAUUCGACCUCGAAUCCGAACCUUGCAAAAUAGUAGGAGACACAAGCAAGCACACUCUCCUUAUGAUAUGAGGGUUAGGGUUAGCGCAAUCAAUUACCAUACGCAUUCUAAUCACCAAAACCCGAACACCCUUCCAAAGAAGAAACAACUUGUCUAUCCACAUAAGUGUGACAAGAAAUAAGAGACGAGUUGUUUAUCAAGUGGAAUCCUUAGACUUUUCUUGGAAAAACAAUUAGACUUUCCAUCUGAAAUAGAAAGAUCAUACACUCUAUGCACAUUCAAGUCAUUAUCAUAAGCAAAAUGAUAGAAAGGAAAAGAGUUAAGGGCACCAAUCUCAUCAAAAUUACUCUCAAACAUGAGUGCACAAUAGGAUGAGACAAGACAUUUGAAGUACAUUACAUCUUUUCUCAUCAAGAAACUUCCCUCAAGUAGUGCAUUCACCAAUGAAAUCAUGCUAUCAGAGUAAUUAAAGAAUCUAUGGGAAACCGAAAUACUCUAAGCCAAAGGGUAUACCGAAGAAGUUGAGUGACUUCUUUUCAUGGCACUUAGCAUGCUCCUAAGAGUCCUACCUAUUAGUUCAACUUGUCCAACCACAUAAGUGUGACAAGGAUUAGGAAACCAUAGUCGUACAUCAAGUACACACCAAGGACUCUUCUUAAGGUAAAUAAUAGAUUGGGCAUUAAGAUUGUAAGGCCCACUCAAUUCAGGCACCAAAGGCAAACACCAUAAAGGAAUCAUGAAGACAGUAAUACUCUCAUGGUGUGACGUAAUUUCAAUCAAUUUCAAGGGUCUAUUAAAUAUAAGGAAAAUAUCAUGAUGUCUCCUAGGAUCACUAGGAAUAUAAGGGGUUAGGUACAUACCUUGGAUGCAAUGCCUUGAAUUUAUUCUGUUGUCUUCUAUACGUGCUUUACAAGGACCUUUCCUUCCAUGCAUUAACUUAGACCAAUAGGUUUGAGUCUUUUGCCUCUUUGUAGGAAUUCCUUUGGUAGGGAACUCCUUCCUUCGAUCCAUUUGGUGAUAUGCUUCACUCCUUAGCACAAAGUACCCAUCUGCCCAUAGGAGUUUGGUUAGGUUCCUCCUUUGAGUCAAGUCUUCAUCAACUUUGGAGUCCUUGAAUAAGAACUUAUCCAGGCCUUCAAGCUUAUGCUCAUGAGAGGUCCUCUUUGAGUUCUCCUUUGGAAGCAUUAGCUUAUGAACUUGCACGAGAGAAGUAUUGGUACUAGGCAAAAUGCUAGUUCCAUGGUUAGUAUGUAACAAGGGCUUAGGCUUGACAAGUUCCACAACUAGGUGUUCCUUGUCACCCUCAUUUGGUUCAACCCUUGGCUCAACAAUCUCACAUAACCCUCUUUCUUGAGACAAGUUCUUCUCCCCAAUCUUAGCUUCCUCUUCUAUUACUGCCUCAACUUGAUUAGGAAAGCUCUGAUGCUCUACCAAGUUGUCCAGUUUCUUGCAAAGAGAACUUUACAUCCCUUCCAUUCUUCCCCUCAUUCUCCCUAUUCCCCCUUCCAUUCUCUCAAUUCGGCCAUUAACACCCAUUAUGAAAACCAUCAAAUCGUUCAUGGUCACCUGCCAUAGUACCUAGACAAAGAAAUACUAAGCAAAAACAAAAAAAUAGAAAACAAGUUAGUAAAUCAACCCCCAAGCUCUCAAACUCACACCUUUGAAAUGUCACUCAAUAGGCGUCGCAAAUGUUGGUGUCUCCUUUAUACUCCAAUGAGUUUACUUGGUACCAAUUGUGGCUUGAGGUCGAAAUAGAUUCUUAUUUGAAACGACUCAAAGAAAAUAUGUACGGACUUGAACCAAGAACUACAAUGAAUCACAAAAAGAUACAAGCACACAACGAAAGGUAACACGAAAGAAAUAGACUCAAACAACUAACUCAACUAAGUAGAAGAUUACUAGUUGCUAAUUAGCACUUGAAUCAAGAAAUGAAACUAAAGAAACAAGAAAAGAAACUUAGAAAUCCAAAAUUUUGAGCCUAGAAUGGUGAGUUGUACGGAAUUGGUGACGUGGAAGCCUCCUAUUGGACGUGAAAUGUUGUGAAAAUCUGGAAAAAAAUAUUCUUGUCUUCAAUUUGGAUUGGUCAAUUUCAAUUUGGAAUAGUGUAUUUUUGAUUUUGGGUGGGAAAUAGCAAGACUUGGAGGCUUUUCAAUGUUCAAAUAGACUUGACUUUUCUUUCACCUUUUUGACAAAACACCUUUUCAAAGUUUUUGUCCCCCUUUCCUCUUUGGUAAGUCUUAGGAAAACCCCUUUCUCCCUUUUGGUAGUUAGACUGUUUGAAAGACCUCUUGUACCCUUUCUUCUUUUGUAUGUUCUUGGGACUAUGUCUUUCAAGACUAAUACAGGACACACUCUCUUUUGACUUGGUUUAAGAUUAAAAAAAAACACUUUUUCUUCAACAAGGUAUGAAGAUGGUGAAGAACACCAAGAACACAACCUUUGAAACUUGGAGUUCCAAGGUUCACGUUUGGCCCUCCAAUAUCAACAACACGUAUUCAACCUCAAAUCUUCAACAACAAUCAUCAACUACACCUUUUAAAGCCACCAAUCUUUAACAACAUCAAUAAAACACAUUUUUCAAGCUCAAGAAUUUAGAUCUAGACUCGAAUAGUGUUAGUGAAGAAGAAGCUAACAAGAAACAAUCAAAACACACAAAAGACCCCUAGAUCUAAGUUCAAACUUUCAGCCAAGUUACAACACAUGACAACUAUAGUUUCGGCCAAGACACAACACAAGAACAACUAUUUAGUGAGAUUUUUGGAUUUUCUAGGCAACAAUCCCAAGAGUGAUUUUUUUGGAACAAAAUCAAGCCUUGCUUUUGAUACCAAAUGAAACAAACCAACUAUGGAAACAUGAAAACGAAAUGUAAUCACCACUAAGGCAGGAAGCACAAAUCGAGAAUGAGAAGACAAGAUUCAAACACAACAAAUACAAUAAGAUAAAGAUGGAUAGUGAGACAUAGAUUAUUACAAGAAAUAGGAACUAAAGUGUGUAUCAAACACUAAAAUCCCUAAAUACUCACAAUAACAACACCACACUCUUACGAAGACCUCAAGGGAAUCGAAAUCCCAAAGAAACCCUUGUUUCUAAAUGGGUAACCAAUGCCAAAUGAAUCCACGUUCGGCCACAAGUGAAUCCACACUUGUCACGAGUGAAUCCACACUUGUAUAAACACUCUCUAAGAGAUGUCUCUUAAAAUAUAAUCCAAGUUGCUGAAAAAUGAACUAAUAAAAGCUAUUUAAAGUCUUGACUGAACUUAUUACAUAGUAAAAAAACCAAAAGACCCUUAAUGAGGCUUUACACUCCAUGGGCACCUCUUUGCUCUUAGGAAAUGACAAAAGGCCCUUAUGGUGGGGCAGCCUUGGAGUGUAAUUGGCUCUUGUCCAUUCUUCACACUUGUGCUCUUGGUUUAGGCAUCAAAGGUAAGCCCCAAGCUUGAGUCGUCUUUAUGUGUUGGCCUCAAAUGAUGUCAUUGAAAGCUAUGAUGCCCCAUGUACUGGUAUCAAGAAUGUAGAAGAAGAAGAACAAGAAAACAUCUUUGAUGAUAGGUUGGAUGAUCUGGACAUGAAUAUUCCAAAUGAUGAUCAAACACCUACGCCCGUUGCUGUGAGCAAUACGGUGGGCAAUUCUUCUCAAUUGAUACAGUUUGGCAAUCGUCAAGACAACGAGACCGGCUUUUACAUUAGAAUGUUAUUCAAGGACAAGAAAUAACUAUCUACUACUUUGUUUAUUUCUUGCUUGAAAUUUUUUUUUGAAUAAUGAAGGUGAUUAAUUCAAGCAAAGUCUUUUACUACA